CGCACGCACCAAAACCCGGAAACUUGUCGUUGUAGUAAACAGUGCAAGGAUGGAAUAAGACUUUCCACAAAAAAUUUAAACUGUGGUCACAGGUUGGCAUGAGAGUGUGAGUAAAAUGUCCAAAGGUGAUGUUCUGAGAGGAUUUGUUACGGAGAGACUCGCCGCUGCCUCCCAGGAGAUCUUAGCGGCUGUAGACAGAAUCGUAGCCGACUACGAGGAGGAGGCUUCGGGCUUCAGAGAGGAGAUUGAUCGGCAGAGGAGACAGCUGGAGGGUCUCCUGCAGCCUCGGGUCACACUCAGCAAAGCAGUUGUGAAGCGCAGCAGGAGCCUCGGCCUUGAUGAGGAAGAGGAGGGUGAAGAUGAGGAGGAGUCCCCUGAGCAUCCAGAGAACCUGGAGGACUCAACUAAUCAAACUCCAUCAAGGUCCCUUCCCUCCAGAGGUCAGUAUAAGAAGAGAAAGCCUGGCAGACCUCAGAUCAGUGAGACAAAGAACCAUGUAGACCUCAGAAUCCGCAUCCUGGAGGACUCUCAGACCGAGGUGCUCUCAAACAACGUUCUGAAGAAAUGUCCGAUGCUGAAGCUGAAGUGUCCUCGAGGCCUGCGGGAGGCAGAGUUUCUGGACUUGCUGAAGUCCACAUACCCUCAGCUGUCCGGAGACAACAAACCCUUUGACAUCUUAACAUCUGACAAGAGACGGAGAUUACAGCCUCUGAAUCUAGAGACACUGACACCAGAGGAGAUCCACAGAAACGUCAGCUUCACAGGAUGGGGGAAGUCGACACUCUAUAUCAGACUGAAGACACAAAAGGAAACUCAGGCCAGCGAGGAAGAGACACAUCCUCUGCAGACAAAAGCCAACAAUCCUGAAGACUCUCUGUCCACCUCUGCCAUGCUGACGUGUGAUGAAACCAGGAAUCAAACAAGCAGCCCUGUUCAGGAAGUCGAAGGUAGCAGAGUUGGCUUUGUGUCCAGCAGCUCAACAUCACAACAACAAGACCUGGAAAGGGAGGAAGCUGAUGAUGAGGAUCCUGGGAUAUCAGAACCAGCUAAGGACUUUGUGGUCUGCUCUGCAGCUGAGAGUAAAGGCAAUGGUAGCAGUGAUAUUGAAAAGGAAGAAGAACGAGAAGAGGCGCUUGACAGUGAUGCAGAUUGGAAGCCAGACAGGAGCGAUGAAGAGCAGAAAGAAAGUGACUCUGAACUGCCGUCAAAGACGAUGAAGAAACAAAAGGCCAGACGUUCUGGUGUCAAGGUCACUGAGACAAAGACUAACAAUAGUGAUGUCGUUCUGUCCUGCAAAGUCUGUGGAGCUCUGCACGAAUCAGAAGUCACUUUUGUCAAACAUGCCUGGAAUCACGCUGACGAUCAGGGAAGUCUUUGCGGAGUGUGCGGGACUCUUUCGGAGUCGGUGGAGGCCUUGAAGGAUCAUCUUCAAAGUCACCACAAAACAGACGACUGUGACAUUUGCGGAGAGUCUUUCCUUAGUAUUCUCAGCCUCAAUGAGCACGUGGCUGCCCACUCAGGGGAGAGACCGUACGAAUGUGAUGUUUGCAGUGACACUUUUGCGUUGAAGGAAUCCCUUCAGAAUCACCAGAAGCUCCAUAACGCGGGUAAGCUCCACAAGUGUUACACUUGCCAUAAAGUGUUUGACCUAAAGGAACAGUUAAAAGCUCACCGCAGGACUCACACCAACAAAAAGACUCACCUCUGCGGUGUGUGUGGUAAGUCCCUCAGUGACUACAGAUCCUUAUCCCGCCACAAGAUGACUCACUCUGGGGAAAGACCUCACAGCUGUGAGAUUUGCGGGAGGUGUUUUAAACUUCCCGGGACGUUGAGACAACACGAGAAGAUUCACACAGACAGAGAGAGAUCGUACCUCUGCGACGUUUGCUGCAAAAUGUUCCUGACGAGCAAGCAGCUGCAAAUCCACAUGAGAACGCACACCAACGAGAAGCCCUACAACUGUGGUGAAUGCGGCAAGGGAUUCACCACCAAGGGACCUUUGACCGUUCACAUGCGGGUCCACACCGGAGAGACGCCGUACCGCUGCCCGGACUGUGGCUGGUCUUUCAAACGCAAGAUUAAUCUGGAUAACCACGUGACCGUCCACUCAGGCCUCAAACCGUUUGUUUGCGGUAUUUGUGGGAAAGCCUGUGCUCGCAAAACGUACUUGACCGUCCACAUGAGGACCCAUAACGGGGAGAGACCAUACAAGUGUACCCUCUGUGACAAAGCCUUCACUCAGAGCCACUGUCUGAAAACACAUAUGAAGAGCCACCUGGUGGCGGAAGCUGCAACGUGACACUAACUCUGGACCAAUUAGAUUUCUUUUCUUCUUUAAAUAGAACAGUGAGUGUUUGAAUGAUUGUCUUUUCUUAUAUUUAAGUAAAUGUUUCUUCAAGUUAUGUAAGUGUCUCUCUGUAUAUACUGAUGCACUGGCAGCAAAGUUCAUUGCAUGUCACACUGUGCAAGAUGGCUCUAAUAAAAUCUUGGUUGCAUUACA